CUGCAUACUUCUGUAUUGUAUGUAGUUCUGGAUGACAUGAGCUGGAUGUGGGAGUGACCUCUUACAUGUAUUGUAUCAUAAGUUGUCAGUCCCUGCAGAAGUGACCAACACGCAGCAGUCAGGAUGAAGUUCUGCAUGAGUUGGAGGGAGAAUCUGCAAGUUUCCUUCCUUCUGCUCAGCUGCUCAGUCACUGUGCUAUGUCAAGAAACAGUAAAAGGAAUCGAAGGACAACCUGUUACUUUGCCAUGUUCGUACAGAGUUAGCCGAAGCAGCGACCUCACCAGUAUGUGCUGGGGACAAGGCAGUUGCCCAAAUUCAAAGUGCAGCCAACAACUCAUCUGGACUGAUGGUUUCAAGGUCACUUUUCGAUCAUCUUCACGCUACCAGCUCAAGCAUAAAAUCAGACAAGGAAUAGUGUCUCUCACCAUCGAUCAAGCAAGCCUUGGAGAUACUGGGACCUACUGCUGCCGUAUCGAACAUAAGGGGUGGUUUAACGAUGAGAAAAACAACAUACAGCUUACAGUUGAAAAAGCACCGACAACAACAGUUCAAACUACUACUGAAGCACCCACAACCAUGAAGACAUCUCAAGCACUUCCAACACCAACAUCUGUUCAGACUACUUCAGGACCGUCCUAUGUCUCAACCAAUCCAUUAACUAUAUCUGUGGAGGUAACUACUCAACCACCUCCACUCAUUACUAAUAAUACACCACAACCACUAUCACCACUUACCAAGACAGACAUUCCAUCAUCUUCAACUGCACGGACUAUUACUUCAUCAACGAAUGUCUUCCCCUCUGUUAUGACAGAGCACACAGGACUGACACGGAGAAGCUCAGCUAUCCCAGGGUUUAUUCCUGAUCAUGAACUGACCACUUCUGUUGAAUCAAAGGCUAAAGUCAAGGAACACACUGAAGCUCCUCUAUGGACCGAAAGUCUUUCCGCAAACAAUAAUGGCAUCUCAGAUUUGUUUCAUGAAAAUGUCACAACACUACUGAAAAAGAAUACAAGUACAAUCAUCAUUGCUAUUAGCGUAUUUUUAAUUGUACUUAUAGUGAUCUGUGUGAUGCUUCUGAAAUUAAAAGGUCAAAAAAGAGGACGUUACCUUUUAGGCUUUGAUCCACAUCUUGAACUAGUCACCCAUGUUGAGGAACCACCCAGCGAGAUACAGGCUGAAGAAGCAGACCCCAACAAGGCUGAAGAGGACAAAGCUGAAACUAACCAUAUAGGAAAUACAAGCGAAGCUAAAGACUGAUUCAUAAAGUCAAAGGGGAUUUCUGUCUAGUUACUUGGAUCGUCUAUAUUUCAUCUAGGGAAAUCGACCACACCUUGGUUUUUAUGCAUCACUAUUCACAUUUAGAAGUUGGAUCAUCUGGAACCAUAAAGCUUGAGGGGGAACGCUAUAUAAAAACUUGCUUAAAUGGCAAUUCUUUUUUUUUCUUUCUUUCUACAUGUUCUUGUCCACAGGUGGCAGUAUAUCAGGACAAUGGCUGAAUAAUUGAGAAGUAAUUAUAUCAAAUAAAUUGUUGCCCAGCAGGAUGCGACAAUGGGCACAUGAGGUUAAAGCAAAUAUUAAAUGUAUGUUGUAUCCUGAGGAA